UACAUCUUUUUUUAUCCUUUGACCUUUCUGUGUCCUUUUGGUUUAAGGUAUCUCUUUGGCAGCAUAUUGUCGAAUACUGUUGUUACUGUUUUUAUCCAGUCUGAGUAUCUGCCUUUUAAUUGCACGUCUUACCUAUUCAUAUUUAAUGUAAUUGCUACUAUAUUAAGAUUUAUACCUGCCAUCUUCUUUCAUACCUGUACAGUAUGGUCAUAUGACCACAACCUCUGAGGUCCCAGCAAGAGUCCUAACAUCUAACAGCUCUGCAACCAGGACAGGCCCCCUAAAACUAAUCCCAACGAGCACAUCUGAAGUCUUAUCACUCACAGGUUAAGGCUACCUUUCCAGAUAGUCCAACAACUAAGUCACCAGAUUCCAAGGGCAUUUGGACGACUUAUGAAAAACAUCGGAUCCUUGCACACCAGAUGCCCUGACAACUCAUCCUGCCAUCCCCCUGCACAAAAGUUGCUGCACCAGUGGACAACGAAGCAGACCACCAAGCUUCUUUUAAUUACCAACAAGAGAGAAUACUGCUGCCAACAAAACAGUGCACGAAGUGCCUCUUCACAGUAUCACUACCAGUUGACAGUGUGCUAAGAAAAUCAGCUUGCCUAGGUGAGGACCCUUUCUCUUCUUGGGUAGCCAGGAUUUGAAGAGAUACUCUGUGACCUGUGCCACUGGUAAGUGACUAACACUUUUACACACUGAACUGGUCCUAACAACUGAGAUGCGUUCUUUGUAAGUGAAGAAUAUACAACAUAAUCUUGAAGAACUGCACAGUGGUGCAGGCCAGAGGCAUAUUGUGUGUGUGUUAUGAACUGAGAGACAAAUCAAUCUUAUUGAAAGGAUUUUUAAUCUCUUGUUUCUGUUUGCCAGUGUUAGUCAGUGUUUUUCCGGCUUAGCUUGUUACAUUUUUCUGGUUCUUUAUUCUGUUCUAUUCUAAUGGGCCCCAGAAAUCCCUCUCCUGACCCACUGUCAGAAUCAGAAAGUGAGGAAGAGGAAAAUGCAAAUUACCUAAAUGAGAGUUCUGGGGAAGAGUGGGAUUCCUCUGAAGAAGACCCUGUGGUGCCCAACUUAACACCUCUUGAGAGUCUUGCCUGGCAGGUUAAGUGCCUUUUAAAAUAUUCCACAACUUGGAAACCUUUAAAUCCUAAUUCUUGGUUAUAUCAUGCUAAACUCUUGGAUCUAAGCACACCCGUCCAUAUACUUCGAGAGAUAGGUCUAAGACUCUCCCACUGUUCGCAUUGUGUACCCAAACUAGAACCAAUUCCUGAAUGGCCCCCUCUGGCCUCUUGUGGUGUCCCACCUUUUCAAAAGCCCCUUAUAAGCCCCAGCCGGCUCUCUAGAGAUCAUGCCACUCUAAAUGGAGCACUGCAAUUUGCCACCAAACAGUUAAGCCGAACAUUGAGUAGAGCCACACCCAUACCUGAAUACCUAAAACAGAUCCCCAAUUCAUGUGUUUCUGGUUGUUGCUGUGGCUGGCUAACUAAAACAGUUAAGGAAACAACCCGCAGCGAACCCAUCAACACUACCUACUCCUACACUGACUUCCAAAAGGCAGUUAACAAACUCCUAACUGCAUCACUAUAAAGAUCCACCAUUUACUCUGAUAUUUUUAUGUUGCUAAUUGAGAAAGGGGUACAAAGUCAAUCAUUAUACAGACCACAGUUGAGAAACUAAUGCCUUCUCAACUGAAACUAUGCUAUCCCCUGACAAGCCGUACCUACCAAGUAUGGCCCCAUAAGUCAGCUCUAGAAAAUGUGUAUUGUGGGCAUCCCCCUGUGAAAAAACUGAACUUCAAUAAAGAAAUACUCCAGUGAGACCAUACUGAAAAAGUUGACUACACUCUACACAUUUCCCUCCUGAAUUUACUCUGCCGAUUUCAACGGACUCUAACUAGAUCUCUAAUUAUUAAUAGGAAGGAAAAAGUAGGCCACCACCUCUUUUGUUACUCAACCUUCAGAAUAGCCAUUGUCAGUAGUAGAAAGUUAGCAACUCCCAGUAAUGCUUUCCUGAACACACUCUGACAUUCAUUUCUAGAUAGAUUAAAUUGAAUAACUGAAAAAAGGAAAAUAAUAGGAGUAUUGUCUGAGCUCUUGUGGCACAGUGGUUAAGAGCUCGGCUGCUAACUGAAAG